GAACAGCUUCACAGACGUGGACAGACGCAAAGAGCCCAGGAUCGCAAGACAACCAGAGACGGUACGAGCCAGACAGUCGGACAGACAGAGAGACUACCGCGGUUUCAGUCAAGUCGGACCGCUACUCGAAAGGAAACUCUCGCCAAUUCUUGCCUUUUGACUCUGCCCUUUCUCGGCUUUCCAUUCAGACGCCAUGGGCCUCACCGUUCUACCCGCUUUAAUCCCCGACAUCACCCAGGUGUACGAUGCCUAUUUUGCGGCCUUCAAGGGGUCGGUAAUCCUCGACAUCCUGUUUCCGACGGGGAUUGACGAGGCUUUCCGUGAGGGUCACACGAAACACACUGUCGAGUACUGGCACAAGACCAGCACUCAGUACACCAUCAAGUGCGUGGAUGUCGAGACUGGCGAGGUCGUCGGCAUGGCCCUUUGGGACGCCUUCCUGAAGGAGCGCACACCAGACGAGUACAGGAGUCCUGGCGCCGUCUGGCUCCAAGGCGAGCAGAGAGCUCGCGCCGAUGAGUUAAUCAACCCGCUCAGCGCAGCCAAAGAAAAGCUUUGGGCCGGCCGAAAAUACGUUUACUGUCAUAUUAUUGCAGUGAAGCCUGAACACCAAAGAAAAGGCGUAGGCGCCCUCUUGACGAAAUGGGGCCUCGACAUGGCCGAGCUGGCGGGACUUCCCGUCUACCUCGAGUCAUCUGAAGAAGGUUUCGGCCUCUACAAACGCCUAGGUUUUGAAGUGCUCCAAGACAAAAUCGUGCACCGCGGAGGACUGGUGGGCAAGGAGAAGGACGUUGAAGUGCCUCUGAUGGUGAAGAUGCCGUCUGCGGCCAAAGGAUUGACUUUCGAAGAGUGGCGUGCUCAAGGAUACCCGUCUUUCCAAUAAGCAUGUUUUUUUGUGUGUGGCUGUGUUGGCCGGCUCGAUGCAGUGUGCUCAUGGAGCCUGCGAUGUCA